AUGGUGAAUGAGAUUGAUGAACACAAACUCACAGAGCAGAGGGCCAAUUACACCAAUGACCCGUAUCCCAUUUACACUGUGAUUGACAAGCAGUGUAAAUAUGAUACACUGAAUGCAGAUGUCUGGUUUGAGAUCACUCCAGAUGAGUCAGGUUAUUCUCUCCCUGGAGCCUUUGUGGAUUCCUCCUGUUGGGGAAGCCAGUUUAAGAGUGGAGAGAGGAUAAAAGACCAGCCUGAGACUGACAUGCUGUACCUGCAAGGACUCUGUGGCAGUGCCAUCGCAGAUAUGGAAGAGAACAAAAAAUUCCUCUAUGAAGCACUAAAACAGCUGAUUGAACUGGAAUACAUCGACCCCAGUGUCCUUGACUCAGAGACGAGACAAUAUGAGGAUGCUGGACUGUUACUGAACUCACCCUAUUUCUCAGUGUUGAGAAAAGAACGACACAUUGACCUCAUCAUUUCCCUUGACUUCAGUGCAGGAAAUCCCUUUGAGACGGUGGUUACAACUGCUAAAAUGUGCAAACACCUUCAGAUUCCUUUCCCUGAAGUUGUUGUACCAGCUGAAGAUACAGAACCACAGGACUUCUAUGUGUUUAGAGGAUACAGCAAAGCUCCGACUGUGAUUCAUAUCCCUCUUUUCAAUGUUGUUAACUGCAAAGGAGAAAUUAAGAAGUGGGAGAAAAUAUAUAAGACUUUUCAAAUGAGCUACACUCAUGAAAUGAUCACGGAUCUUCUGGAGAAAGCAGCUGAAAACAUCAAAAACAACAAGGAGAAACUGCUCAAGGAGAUUAUAAAAAUAAUUCAAGAGAAGAAAACUUAUAAGCAUGGAAAGAUAUGAUGAGUGAAGUAUAACACAUCAACAUUAAUACUUCAAAAAGACAUUUUAGGAUCUGGGUAGUCAGUAAGUUUGGUCACACUUUAUUUUGAUGUUCCCUCUAGAUGUUCUACAGAUAUUUUGCAUAUUUACUCAUGAUAUUGAAUUGAUUAUUAACGACAAUAUGGUUAGGUUUAUGAGUAAGUGUUCAGGUUAAGAGUAGAAUUAGUUUAGGGUUAGAUUUAAUAGAAUCUAACACAAUUUCAGUUAAUAGAUAUUUAGAUAAACAUUAGUUAAAGACAGACUGAGCCUCUAUAAAGCAUCUACAGUGGGUCAUCAAAAUAAUGUGAAAGUACGUUCUUUUAAUGUGUCAGAAAACUAAUAAAUAAUCAUUGUCUUGUGUGUAAUGAAGUAGUAAUCACUUUUGUGGAGGAUCAAAUGUCAGAAUAUCAGUACAGAAUAGCCACAUUUGUCUGUUGUUUUGAAAUCAUAACUGUGACUUUCAGUUUUUGUCUAAACAAAUCUGAAGUGUGGAUUGUGUCUUUCUGUCUUGUAUGCAUUUGAGAUUGUUCAGUUGGUGUCUCAUUAAAAGAUUAUGAUCAUAAAUGAUUUAUAAAUUAAACAUUAAUUAGAAAUCCUUUAAAAAUAACUAAAAGUAAGUCCACAAUAGCCAAUAAAAUUCCUAGAUUUUUUUUUCUGUUUGGAAAUCGAAAAACAACUCAAUAUCUGUCAGUUACUUGUUGUAUAAGGUGUGUAUGAUGUAGUUGGGGGCCUAUGUUUAAUUGAAUUUUAUGCUUGGCUUAUAUCUGCUUUACAACAGUUAGCAUGUGCUUGAUUUUUAUGAGCAAUAUUCUGUUUUUACUAUAAAUAUUGCAUGUUAAAUUCCUUUUUAUGUCUCAUGAAUUAUUUACUUCACAAGACAUUUCACAAUAACUAGCUUUGGUAGAAAGAUGGAUGGUACAUAAAUAAAAAGAAAAGUGAGGAUAACAGUAAUAGUGUUCCCAUAUGACCCUACAACAGUGGCGUCCAAAUCGUGGUAAUGGCAUUGUGGGUUUGAUAAAAGUCUGAAGUCUGACAUUAAUUUUUAUUUAAUUUCAUUCCAUUAGGCAUGUGUGAUUCUGGUUACCAUU